CAUCCACUGAAAAGUCAAAUCACUCAAAAUGCAUCACCUGCUGUUGAAACUGCUCUUCCUUAGGAUUUUACUCCUCCCUAAAGCCUGCACACUGAAAUGUUACGAGUGUGCACUGGGACCCGCAGCCAGCUGCAGCAGUGCAACAAAACAAUGCUCUGCACUGGAGAAUCAAUGUAGUGCACAAAGAUUCAUUAUAUAUUCAGGCGAUUCAGUUACUAUUUCGGAUUUCAUUGGGAAAAGCUGCAGCUUUAAUUUCCCCUGUGGAGAAAGCUCGGCCAAUUUGGGAUUGGCCAGAAUCGUACUCCACAACAAGUGUUGCGCAACGAACCUGUGCAACAAUGUUAACGCACCAGACUACAGCGAGAGCAGACCCAAUGGUAGAAAAUGCUACUACUGCAAUGGAGCGCAGUGUACUGCCACUGUGGAAUGUAAAGGCAGUGAGAACUACUGCAUCACAACGAAAGUGGUUGUCGACGGCCAAAUGAAAACCACGAAGGGCUGCGUCUCCGCACCAUUUUGCAUCAAGAAUGGACAACUUGAAGGAGUCAUUAGAAAUUACAUUGGAAGUAAAAUCAACUGUUGUGAGGGUAACCUCUGCAACAGCGGAAGCAGGCCAAGAGUUGGACUUCUCCUUGUAACACCACUCCUAUUAUUGGUUAUGUCACCUUAAAACACAAGCUUGUUCUGAAUGGAGUAACAAUUGAAUGACAGUUAUUACAGUAUAUAGUCUAUACAAGGGGGAUCUUCAUGUAGAGCAUAUUUUUUUGUUUCAGUUCCUCAGUUUUUUGCCACAUUCAAAUGCAAAUUUACAGUGUAAGAAAGCGUAAAUAAAAAUGGUGCGAUUCCAAGACUGUUAUGUAAAGUGAUAUACAUUUGCAUUUUGUACAAAUA